AUGGAAAUCUUCAAGAAAUUGGAGAUGAAUAUACCCUUCUCUGAAGCUCUGCAACAAAUGCCUUCAUAUGCUAAAUUUUUGAAGGAGCUCCUCACAAAGAAAAGGAAGUACAUUGUAGAAGAAACUAUUGAAGUUCAAGGAAACUGUAGUGCUAUCAUACAAAAGCUCCUUCCCCCCAAGUAUAAAGAUCCAGGAAGUUUCACCAUUCCCUGCACUAUAGGGAAUAUCUCUGUUGGAAAAGCACUUAUUGAUCUAGGAGCCAGUAUUAAUCUCGUGCCGCUAUCCAUGCCGCUAUACAAAAAGAUUAAGGGGUUAGAACUCAAGCCUACUCGGAUGACUCUUCCACUUGCAGACAGAUCUCUGAAAUAUCCUUAUGGGGUGGCUGAAGAUGUGCUUGUGAAAGUAGAUAAAUUUCUUCUUCCUAUGGACUUUGUCAUCAUGGACAUGGAGGAGGAUGUGAAUGUACCUCUUAUUCUUGGGAGACCUUUUAUGAACACAGCAAGAGUUUUGAUUGAUGUGGAAAAUGGAAAAUUAAAGGAAAUAUUAGUUGACACUUUUGAAGAGCUGAAUGAAACAGAAGAGGAAUUAACUAAUGAGUGCUUGACUGAUUUGAAAGAAUUAAAAAAGGAUCCUUUGCAAAAUACAGAUGAAAAAGCCAAGGAAAGCAAAAAGGAGUUGAAGAUGUUACCACCACACCUGAAAUAUGUGUUUCUAGAAGAAAGUGGAAACAAACCAGUCAUCAUUAGCAACUCUCUGUCUCCCAAAGAAGAAGAAAAGUUGGUAGAAAUACUCAAAGUCAACAAAGGAGCAAUUGGAUGGUCAAUCUCAAAUCUCAAAGGUGUAAGUCCAAAUUUUCUGUGA